AUGACCAUCGACACGAACAUCGACCGCACUGCAACGCCGGACCCAUGGGCUGGCCUCGGCGCGCCAAACGGCGACCAGGAGGCGAUCGGGUAUGAGCUGCGCGACCAGUAUAUCGGGCAGAAGCGGCGGGUGCGGGUCAUCACCAUCGGUGGCGGGGCUAGUGGUAUCAACAUGGCAUACCAGAUCGAUAAGUGGAUGACUGGGGUUGAGCACGUCGUGUAUGAGAAGAGCGCCGAGCUCGGUGGAACCUGGCUCGACAACCGGUAUCCCGGCUGUGCCUGCGACGUGCCCUCGCACGACUACCAGUUCAGCUUCCACCCGAACCCGAACUGGUCGCACUUCUACUCUGGCUCCCCCGAGAUCUGCGACUACAUGAACUCGGUCGUGGACAAGUACAACCUCCACAACCACUUCAAGUGCGGGCACGAAGUCACUUCUGCACGAUGGGACGACGACGCAGCGCAGUGGGUCGUUGGGAUCAAGGGCCCGAACGGGGAGUUUGAGGACCGUGCCGACUUCCUCGUCAACGGUAGCGGGAUUCUCAACAACUGGCGCUGGCCCGACAUCCCGGGCAUCCAGGAGUUCAAGGGCAAGUUGAUGCACACGGCCCGUUGGGACCAGGAGUACGAUUUCAAGGGGAAGCGAGUCGCGUGUAUCGGGGUCGGGUCUAGUGCUGUGCAGACAGUUCCGGCCCUGGUUCCGAUCGUGGACAGCAUGACUUGUUUCAUUCGCUCUGGCGCCUGGAUCACCCCGGUCGGUGCGGCGCCACAAUAUGCCGGGCCAGAAGGUUCGAAUAAGGCGUAUACGGAGGAGGAGAAGAAACGGUGGGCGGAGAACCCGGAUGAGUUCCUCGCGUAUCGAAAGGAUAUCGAGGACGCGCUCAACGCUCGUUUCCGGAUGUACCUCAAAGACACCAAGGAGCAGGAGGCAGCAGUCAAGGUCGCGAGGGCACACAUGGCCGCGCGGCUGGUCAAGAAACCCGAGCUGGUGCAACUUCUCACGCCCAAGUUUUCGCUCGGAUGUCGCCGCCUCACUCCCGGCAAUGGAUUCCUCGAGAGCCUGUGCGAGGACCACGUGUCGGUGAUUUCGGACCCCAUCGAACGCAUCACCGAGAACGGCCUGAUCACAAAGGACGGAAAGCUACAUGAGGUUGAUGCGAUCGUUUGCGCGACGGGCUUUGACGUCUCGCUCCUCCCCCGGUUCCCCUUUACGGGAAAGAAGGGCGCCGACCUCAAGGAGCGAUGGAACAACGGCCCCGUCGAGGGAUAUAUGAGUCUCAUGGUCGACGAGUUCCCGAACUACUUCAUGUUCCUUGGGCCUAGCGCGCCGGUUGCCCAUGGAUCCUUGACACAGACAAUCGAGUGGUGCUCACACUACAUGCUCAAGUGCAUUAGCAAGAUGCAGGCCGAGGGCAUCCGCUCCAUCUCGCCCAAGAAGGAGGUGGUGCGCAAGUUCAACAUCCACCGUAACGCCAUGAUGCCCACCACCGCCUGGAGCUCUACCUGCAGCUCGUGGUACAAGAAUGGUAAAGCGGACGGGCCGGUCAUUGCCAUUCAUCCCGGAAGCAAGCUGCACUUCUUCGACAUGACCAAGACGCCGCGCUUCGAGGACAUGGACAUCGAGUACGACGACGAGAACAUGUUUGCGUACCUCGGCAGCGGCUUCUCCAAACUCGAGAUCGAGCCUGGGCACGACAUGUCGUACUUUAUCACCGACCCAAGUCUCACACUCCCAUGGUAG